CUUCAUCCUCUUCCUCCUCCACCACAGCUGACUCUGUUUGGACUCUGGGCUCGUGCGUCAUGCCGCGACACCUAAAGCGCACCUCGGUUCCGGUGCAGGACUUCAAGGUUCCUUUGUAACUGGAUGUACUUCUUUUAAUUUUUUUUACAUUUUGUUUGUGGAAAGAGAGAGAAAGAGAGAGAGAGAAAGAGAGAGGGACUUGCUCUCUCCUCGUCUCUGGAGAACACUUGCAAAGAGGGGAAGAGAGUAGGAGGAAGAGGGUGAGCAGCAGCGACAGGAAAAGGAGGGAGAGAGCAUCUGAACUUCGGCUCUAUUGUGUGUGUAGGUGUGUGUGUCUAGGUGCGUGUGUGUGUCUAGGUGCGUGUGUGUGUGUGUGUGUGUGUGUGUGUGUGUGUGUGUGUAGAUGUUCGACCAGACCACGACCAUGGGCGACGGGAACCACCGCUGUGGACCCAACCCGCUGUGCGCGGACCGGAUGGAGACAAAGAUAGGGAGCCGGUCCCCGGUGCAGAGCACCACGGACACCCCGGGGACCUCCGCCUCCACCCCGACGUCCUCCAGCGAGGACGGACACGACAAGCUGCUGGGAGUGGACCCGGUCUACUGCCGGAGGAUCCUCGUGAGAGACGCCAAAGGCACCAUCCGGGAGAUCGUCCUGCCGAAGGGCCUCGACCUGGACCGGCCCAAGCGCACGCGCACCUCCUUCACGGCGGAGCAGCUGUACCGGCUCGAGCUCGAGUUCCAGCGGUGCCAGUACGUCGUGGGCCGCGAGCGCACGGAGCUCGCGAGGCAGCUGAAUCUCUCCGAGACUCAGGUGAAGGUUUGGUUCCAGAACCGCCGGACCAAGCAGAAGAAGGACACCACCAAGGAUUCGGACAAGCGCUCCUCCUCCUCCAACGAGUCGCUGGCCACGUGCAACAUCCUGCGCCUCCUGGAGCAGGGCCGCCUCCUCUCGGGCCCCGUGCCGCCCAACUCCCUCCUGGGGCCUCCUCCGCACCUCAACGGCUCCCAGCUGAGCGGCCCGGGCGGAGGCUCCUCCGCCUCUCCGGGGGGGGGCGCGUUUGGGCUGUCGCUGGGCGGCACGCCGCCGUCACCGCGGCUGGGCCUCCCGCCGCCGCACGCCCUGUGCUUCUCCAUGCCGCUGCUAGGGGGCGCUCACCACGAACUGACGGCCGCCUACGGCUGCGGCUCCUCGGCGUUCGAGCCGUACAUGCGGCUGGACCGGAAGGAGACGGACCUGGGGGGCAAGAAGACAGUUUCUUAAGCGACGUGACUCGGAACCUUUCUCCUCGCAUGUGAGAAAAGAGACCGGACCCCCGGGGUUCCUCGUGGCGCCAUUUUGUGCCGCAAAACUUUUGGAAACGCAAAAAAACGGUGAAAAAGAAGAAAAAAAACGUGUGCAUUUUUAUUUAUUUUUUUGCGGAAAUAAAAUGACGUGGAUGCUUUUUUUGAGGGGGGGGUGAAACCUGCCAGAUGUUUUUAUCACCACUCUCUACGCAGUGGUUUCAAGUGACUCUUCAAUUUGUGUGUGUGUGUGUGUGUGUGUGUGGUUUUCUCUCUAUACAGGCCUUCUUUUACCGUUCAGGAAAAAAAAAAAUACUUGAUAUCCGAUGGUGCAGAUUGCAUCAUCCGAGAGGUUUGGACACUUUUCAGUACAAAUGGCCACGUUUUCAUUUUUAUUUUUUAUUUCAUGUACUCUAUCACAAUAUGGAAGAAUCACUGAGAGAAAGAAGAAAAAAGAAAAAAAAAAAGAAUUGUAGCAUUUUAAUAUCUCGUUUGGUGUCCAGCGGUAGUUUAUUUUGUAAAUCCUUUAUUUGUUUGUGUGUCGGUGUGUGAAAAUAUCCUGUGGUCGCGUAUCCAGAUCUGAUAGAUUCAAUAUAACAAGAACAAGAGGAGAACCGUGAGGAUGAAAGAUGACUCGGCUCUUCAAGCUUUGGAGGUAGGGGCCACACUUUGUGGGAGGGGCCACUCGUGUGUCCUCCAAUCAGAGGCCGGCUGAAACCCAGAUCAACUCUCCGAUCUUUGACUUCACUGAAAAGUCACAAGAGACGCUCUGGCCACGUUUUUUGGAGAUUUCUUUUAUUUAUUUGACAGAAACCAAACUUGUGAAGGCCGGAAAUGAAUAUUCACGAGUCCGUGAGUCACCGGUCGAUCCCGAGGCUUCUGUUUUUAAACGUGUUCAUCGGUGCGGUUUUCAAUUUGACAAUGUUGAUGAACUUUUUCUUUCUUUUUUUUCCCAUUUAUCAAGCGAUAACACCAAACAUUAUAUAUUCAUUCCAUCCAGCUUUAACAAAAAACUCACAAAUUGCGAUUUUCACUUUUUUAAUUCGAACAUUUCGCCGACUGAAGCGAUCAACGGACGAUGAUCGUAGCCGCCUGACCCCGACGCUCAUUUCUCCUACGUUGUUUCUCGACAUCGAACGCCCCCCCCCACCUGUCAGACUUCCUCUGCUCGCCCCUCAUUGAAAGCACUUUAUGUUUGUAGGUUUUUAUUCAGCUCUCGUCUCUUUUCAAAGACCUCCCACGCCUCUCCUUUCCUGCCCUCCGUUUCCACCCCUCGCUUCCACCGCGCGUCCAUUCAGCGCUCUCGUUGUCGGGGUGUAACUUGUUUUCUUCUUUCUCUUCUCUCUCCCUCUAUUCUUUUCUUGUUUUUUUUAACGGACACUCUCGUGACACCAAUUUAUGAAAAGAAAGGAAAAGCGGCGCUCUCUGGUUGAACGCGUGGAAAGCUGCUCUGGCCUCGGCCAAUGAGAACGCUCCGCCUGGCGGCCUCUUUGCACCCGUGUAGCAGCCGGCUGGUCGCAGGCGAUUUGUUGUUGUUGUUGUUGUGUUCGGGCCUCACCGCGAAGAAGAAGAAACAACAACAACAACAACAACAGUGUUCUCCACUCACGGCUCUUAGAACAACGUUUUAUUUUCUAUAAGCAACUUCCAUAAUUCAUCAGAAGAUAAAUCAAAUAUUAAACAGAGAGAUGAGCCGAGAGGUCAGGAGUCUUCGCAUGUCACCACCUCCUCCCUCCAUCCUCCCUCCAUCCUCCCUCAUCCCUCCAUCCUCCCUCCCUCCUCCAUCCCUCCUCCCUCCCUCCUCCAUCCUCCAAUCUUCUACAUCUUCCCUCCUUCUUCCUCCUCCUCCAUCCUUCCUCCUCCCUCCUCCUCCCUCCUUCAUCCACCCUCCUCCAUCCUUUCUUAUCUAUCUUCCCUCCUCCCUCCUCCAUCCCCCAGCCUCCCUCAUCCCUCCUCCAUCCUCCCUCCUUCCUCCCUUCCUUUCCUUACUCGCUGUGGGCUUGUUUGCUUUCCUGCCA